AGUGGGUCUGUAUCUAAGGAGUCGCAGCGCCUGACUGCACGCGGUGCGUCGCCGUCACUCGGGUCCUAGGAGAAGUUAGCAGAGCCCUGGAGGCCCGGAGCAUCCGCGGUCACUAUGGCAACCCCAGACGCCUCGCGUUCCAGAGCAGCCGGUGGCGGAGUUGAGAGGCCUGGUGGGCCUGGGCCCGAGAGACCCCAGUGGCAUGAGGCGGCAGGAGGCGCUGGUGGGGACGGCAGGGACGGCAGCGGAGGCGGGCCGCGACGGGGAGCAGCCUAGGCCCCCAGGGCUGGGUCGUACUGGCGGCCCCCAAGAGCCCCGCCAACCAUGGAAGACAUUUUUAUACUGCGAGCCCCAUAAGAGAAUCAAGGAGGUUUUGGAAGAAGAACUUUCCAUCAAGAGGGAUGAGUGCCACGUGAAAAGCCCACCUGCAGUGGCCCUGGAUGGGAUUUGGAGCAUCAAGAGGAACCUGCCUGUGGGAGGCAUGAUGCCAGGACAGCAGAGCAGAAAUAGUUCACUCCCCCAAGCCAAGUACUACUCGAGGCAUGGAGGGCUGAGAAGAUGAGAUGGACACAUCCCUCCAUGGAGAUGGACCUGGAAUUCUCCUAAUGUCCAAAGACAGAAGAAUCUCGAGCUUGUUUCUUAAUUUAAGAUGUAUGCAAAAAAGUUUCUUACUCUGUAAUACCAAUAUAUAAAUCAGUCCAAAGCCAUAAAAUACUAUUGGGAAAAUGUGCUAAGAAAAAUAUACUUGUUUUUAGAUUUCACAGUUGCGAUGUAUUAGGCGUCUGUUCAGCGU